UUUAUCUGAAGGACCGAGUACGGGUCCCGGGCGGGCUCUUGCGGAAGUCCAUGCGCCAUUGGGAAGGCCGCAGUGGCUGUUCUGUGUCCUUGUUGCCGAGGGCUGCUUCCUAGGUCAUUCUGGCGCUGAAGCCGGGCAGGGGCUGGCAGCAGGGCCCGCGCGUGGCCGUCUGGGCUCCCGAGCAGCAUCCUCGCCGGCGGGAUGUGGCGACUACGCCGGGCCGCCGUGGCCUGUGAGGUCUGCCAGUCGUUAGUAAAACAUAGCUCCGGAGUAAAGGGAAGCAUACCGCUACAAAAGUUGCAUCUGGUUUCACGAAGUAUUUAUCAUUCACAUCACCCUACCAUAAAGCUGCAGCGACCCCAACUAAGGAUGUCACUUCAGCAGUUCUCUUCUCUGACUAACCUUCCUUUACGGAAAUCAAAAAUUUCUCCAAUGAAGUAUGGCUACCAGCCUCGCAGGAACUUUUGGCCAGCAAGACUAGCUGCAAGACUCUUAAAACUUCGGUAUCUCAUACUAGGAUCUGCUGUUGGGGGUGGAUACACAGCCAAAAAAACUUUUGAUCAGUGGAAAGAUAUGAUACCUGACCUUAGCGACUAUAAGUGGAUUGUGCCUGACAUUGUGUGGGAGAUUGAUGAAUAUAUUGAUUUAGAAAAACUUAGAAAAGCCCUUCCUGACUCAGAAGACCUUGCGAAAUUAGCACCUGACUUUGACAAGAUUGUUGAAAGUCUCAGCUUAUUGAAAGACUUUUUUACCACAGGUCACAAAUUGGUUAGUGAAGUCAUAGGAGCUUCUGACCUACUUCUCUUGUUAGGUUCGUCUGGUGAAACAGCAUUCAGAGCAACAGAGCAUGGAUCUGAAAAUGACAAGCAUUAUAGAAAGGGUCUGCUUGGUGAGCUCAUUCUCUUACAACAGCAAAUUCAAGAGCAUGAAGAGGAAGCACGCAGAGCCGCUGGCCAAUAUAACACGAGCUAUGCCCAACAGAAACGCAAGGUCUCUGACAAAGAAAAAAUAGAUCAACUUCAAGAAGAACUUCUGCAUACUCAGUUGAAAUACCAGAGGAUCUUGGAACGAUUGGAAAAGGAGAACAAAGAAUUGAGAAAAAUAGUACUGCAGAAAGAUGACAAAGGCAUACAUCAUAGAAAACUUAAGAAAUCUUUAAUUGAUAUGUAUUCUGAAGUUCUUGAUGUCUUAUCUGAUUAUGAUGCCAGUUAUAAUACGCAGGAUCAUCUGCCAAGGGUUGUUGUGGUUGGAGAUCAGAGUGCUGGAAAAACCAGUGUGUUGGAAAUGAUUGCACAAGCACGAAUAUUUCCACGAGGGUCUGGGGAGAUGAUGACUCGCUCUCCAGUUAAGGUAACUCUGAGUGAAGGUCCUCACCACGUCGCUUUAUUUAAAGAUAGUUCUCGAGAAUUUGAUCUUACCAAAGAGGAAGAUCUUGCUGCAUUGAGACAUGAAAUAGAACUACGGAUGAGAAAAAAUGUGAAAGAAGGCUGUACUGUGAGCCCUGAGACCAUAUCCUUAAAUGUGAAAGGUCCUGGACUACAGAGGAUGGUACUUGUUGACUUACCAGGUGUGAUUAAUACUGUGACUGCAGGCAUGGCUCCUGACACAAAAGAAACAAUUUUCAGUAUCAGUAAAGCUUAUAUGCAGAAUCCUAAUGCCAUCAUACUUUGUAUUCAAGAUGGAUCUGUGGAUGCUGAACGCAGCAUUGUUACAGAUUUGGUCAGCCAAAUGGAUCCUCAUGGAAGAAGGACAAUAUUUGUUCUGACCAAAGUAGAUCUAGCAGAGAAAAAUGUGGCUAGUCCAAGCAGGAUUCAGCAGAUAAUUGAAGGAAAGCUCUUCCCAAUGAAAGCUCUAGGUUAUUUUGCUGUUGUAACAGGAAAAGGAAACAGCUCUGAAAGCAUUGAAGCUAUAAGAGAAUAUGAGGAAGAAUUUUUUCAAAAUUCGAAACUUCUAAAAACAAGCAUGCUAAAAGCACACCAGGUGACUACAAGAAAUUUAAGUCUUGCUGUGUCAGACUGCUUUUGGAAAAUGGUCCGAGAGUCUGUUGAGCAGCAAGCUGAUAGUUUCAAAGCAACACGUUUUAACCUCGAAACUGAGUGGAAGAACAACUAUCCUCGCCUACGAGAACUUGACCGGAAUGAAUUAUUUGAAAAGGCUAAAAAUGAAAUCCUUGAUGAAGUGAUCAGUCUGAGCCAAGUUACACCAAAACAUUGGGAGGAAAUCCUUCAGCAGUCUUUGUGGGAAAGAGUAUCAACUCAUGUGAUUGAAAACAUCUAUCUUCCAGCUGCACAGACCAUGAACUCAGGGACAUUUAACACUACAGUGGAUAUCAAGCUUAAACAGUGGACUGAUAAACAGCUUCCUAAUAAAGCAGUAGAGGUUGCUUGGGAGACGCUACAAGAAGAAUUUUCCCGCUUCAUGACAGAACCAAAAGGAAAAGAGCAUGAUGACAUAUUUGAUAAGCUUAAAGAGGCUGUUAAAGAGGAAAGUAUUAAACGCCACAAGUGGAAUGAUUUUGCAGAAGACAGCUUGAGGGUUAUUCAACACAAUGCUUUAGAAGACCGGUCCAUAUCUGACAAGCAGCAAUGGGAUGCAGCGAUUUAUUUUAUGGAAGAGGCUCUUCAGGCUCGUCUUAAAGACACUGAAGAUGCAAUUGAAAAUAUGAUAGGUCCAGAUUGGAAAAAGAGGUGGUUAUACUGGAAGAAUAGGACUCAAGAACAGGGUAUUCAUAAUGAAACCAAAAAUGAAUUGGAAAAGAUGUUGAAAUGUAAUGAGGAGCAUCCAGCUUACCUGGCAAGUGAUGAGAUCACUACAGUCCGAAAGAACCUAGAAUCCCGAGGAGUAGAAGUAGACCCAAGCUUGAUUAAGGAUACUUGGCACCAAGUUUAUAGAAGACAUUUCUUAAAAACAGCUCUAAACCACUGUAACCUUUGUCGAAGAGGCUUUUAUUACUACCAAAGGCAUUUUGUAGAUUCCGAGUUGGAAUGCAACGAUGUGGUCCUGUUUUGGCGGAUACAGCGCAUGCUUGCUAUCACGGCAAAUACUUUAAGGCAGCAGCUUACAAAUACUGAAGUCAGGCGAUUAGAGAAAAAUGUUAAAGAAGUUUUGGAAGAUUUUGCUGAAGAUAGCGAGAAGAAAGUUAAACUGCUUACUGGCAAACGAGUUCAACUGGCUGAAGACCUCAAGAAAGUUCGAGAAAUUCAAGAAAAACUUGAUGCUUUUAUUGAAGCUCUUCAUCAGGAGAAAUAAAACUGUGCUCUUACAUCUGAAGAAAACUCCAAAGUCUUUUGUCCUGCCUUUUUUUUUCUGCUGUUCCAUCUUUCUAAAUUUAAAAUAAAGUCAGAGGAUGAAAAUACUUUUAUGUGUUUUUAGAGGGACUGUAGCCAUCAGCUGCCUUUUAAGUACAAAAACAGUGGAAAUGACAUGAGCAUCCUACUUUAUUGUAUUGAAGUGACAAAUUGGGGUAAUAUAAGUGGAAUGGCCAUUAGAUUUGUCCUUAAAGAUAAAAUAUUUGCUCUCCUGCUUGUUGUCUCAUUUAUGGUGGCACUAGUUCAAUGAAUGUGUUAGCUGAUACUACUCGGUGUCAAUUUCUUUUCCAAAGAGUGAAUGUCAGAUCUAUUGAAAGAAAACUUACAAUUGUCUACAACUAUCGAUUGUAUAUAAAGUGACGGUAACCUACCAGGUUGUUGUCUGUAUCUCUAAUCUUCCAUAUCCAGAAACUAUUUGAUCGUGAAUGACAGUUAAGUUUAUAUCCACCAUGUGAAAGAAGAAUAGCUAGAAGGAAAUUUCUUCAGUAGAUUAAUUUGGAUUAUAUCUAUGCUGUACUGCAUGCUCAGUGCAAGAGAUUUCAGUUCUUCAUUGACAGCUUAGAGAGCUACCUUAGAAGCUAAGUCAGUAAUAGUUUACUUAUUUGAUUCAGUUGAUGUGUUUGUACUCUCUGAGUCCAUUUAAAGUUAAUUUAUUUGAGAUACCUGUACUCUUAGGCUUCUUUUAACAGUGUUUUGAUCUUUUUUUUUUUUUAACCUGUUAACAGAGCUAUUGGAUACACACAGGAAGGGGAAGAUUAGAAGUAAUCAUUUGACUAUUUUUCUUUAUGACUACUGGCAACUUUUCAGCCAGGCAUUAAGAAGAGGCUUUCUUUCAUAAGACUGUGUUUUAAAUAGAUAUCAUUUCAGUAAUUAAAAUGUUAGUGAUUGCCCUUAGCAGAAUGCUUAAGGAAAAAACAAAGUUUAAAUUCUAAUCCUACUCUUCCAGCAUUUACAUAUGAUUUGCAAACAUACUUUCUAUUUGAUUAAGUAGAAUUAUUUAUUUGAUUAAAUAGAUUAUUUUCCAUUGGUCCUCAUAGGCAAGAAAUAUGUCAUUUGUGACUUAAAAUUUCUGUCUCAUUGAUGUACUUCUUUGUCACCAUUUCAUUAAGUCUUUGUUAUUCUAAUAGAAAUAUUGAUCGUUAGAGUUUUCAUUUUCACAUUUUUCUUAGAAUUUCAUCUUAGUGACUGUCGCCCUGCAUUUUCCUUUAAUGGAACACCCUUGCUCUCUUCAUUUGAAGUCUUUCACAAUCUGACACUAGGCAAUGCUGAAGGACUUCACAAAAUAUUUAAGAAACUGAGAGUUCAGCAAAGAUUUGUCUCAUACUGUUUGAUAAAAAAUAUAUUCAGUUUUUUAAAACUAGUCACAGCAUCCAUUGUUACUUGGUAGGUGAGUGGUCAAGAACAUUUCUUGUGUCUUUUAGAUCUAGAAAUAGGGUGAGCGACUAGGGAAGAGACCACCCUAUGUUCUGUGCAGAUUAAGAGAUGGACACUGCUGGCUAAGUCCCUCUAAGCAGCUGUGCCUGGCAGAUAAACCCUCUUUCUGAAGCAGACAUCAUGAGAUGUUAAAUAAUUUUUUUUUUUUUUGCAAGUGUGAAACACAACCACUUGACAGGUACAAAACUACAUCUAAAGGAAACAGGCCCACGUUGAUUUCUGUGGGCUAUAGAUAGGGGCCUAGGGGGAGAGGGAGAGGGAAGUGUCUUCAGGUGUAUUCUUACACAUUUCUCCCAGGAAUAAUACUGGGGAGUCAGUGCUUUCAUUACAUCCCUUUGUAUUGAUUUAAGAAGGGGAAAGGUAUCUUCAUGUCUUUGAGAUCAGCAUUUGUAAUUUGAGUAUCAAAUAGUCUGUAAAAAUUAUUGAAAAUCAUGAAUUCAGACAUUCCUCUGUCCCCCUUAGUAAUAUGACUUCUUUUGUGGGUUACAUAUAUGUAUUUUCCUUUUUAGUAUUCUCAUAAUAAGCAUGUUUUUUUUUCUUGAAAGCUAGGUACUUAUUAAAUGCAGAUGUUAUUUAAAAAAGAAUAAAAUUCAUAUUCUCAACAGUAACUCUUCGGUGUUGUAUCUGUAGUUCAAAAACUGCAAAUGAUUCACAUUUGAGCAAAUCACUGCAGAAUGUCCAUAUACAGAAAUCUAAUUAGACCAGUGACCACAUGUUUUUGUGUCAGAAUUUGCAAAGAAUACUGAACAGGGCUCUAUAUGGAAGACUGCACAACUGUAAGUGGACUACAUCUAAAUUUUACUUGGACAGGGUAUCAGUUUUUAAAAUCAGUGUUAUAUAGUCAGUGCACAAUAGGAAACUAGCAGCUCUCGCCGCUUCACAGUCGAGCCAGCUGAGCUGCAGUUACAGGUGGAGCAACCAGCCUUUCUGAGUAGCUUAAUUAUAGUCUUUCCUCUUUGUUUUAUCCCCCUCCUGCAGGCUCAGCUCCAGCAGUCUCCUUCUUACAAAUAAUUUAGCCUCCAAAUGUAAGUGAGCAGUGUACAAAUGAAUAGGGAACAGCACAGACACUGCUGCUUCCUAAGCUUAUGAUCUGAAGCAUUUGCUGUGAUGGUAAGAUUCAUUGUAAACUGAAAAGACAAACUCCUUAACUAGUUAAUAACUUUUUAUUUACUUUAGAUGUAUUUACCUGCAAAAAAAACAAAAUGAAAUGCAGUGUUUUCAUCUUCCAAUAAAGGUGAUCAAAGUAAUGAAUAAUGUCUUUUAUCUCGGUUCUCCAAGCUGGCAUGCGCUCUAGUGAAAGGUACUUUGGGAGUAUGGUUACAUGCUUCUAGUAGGCUUACUUUUGAACAGUCGUGACUGUGUCUAAAUAUUUGAAAUUUACUCUUGUCUUUUACUUGUGUACUAGGAAUGAACUUUGUAUUAUUUUUUUAAAAAAUCUCUCUACAUGUAGAUAUUAUUGCCAUUUAUAUUUUGCCUGUGCUUGACCAGCAGUCAUUUGUAUAGAUCUGAAAUUAAAGAUAUUUAAGCCUCA